ACCUUUCUUCGAUUCGACUAUUCGACAGUGAAUCACCAAAUUUCCAAAACUCUCUCGAGAGACGAAAUAGAGAGAUUAAGAAAUGGUGAAGGUACGAAUGAACACGGCGGACGUCGCCGCCGAAGUCAAGUGCUUAAAGCGAUUAAUCGGUAUGAGAUGCUCCAACGUCUAUGAUAUAUCUCCCAAGACGUAUAUGUUCAAGCUCUUGAAUAGUAGCGGUAUCACAGAAUCUGGAGAAAGUGAGAAAGUUUUGCUUUUAAUGGAAAGUGGUGUUCGUUUGCAUACCACUGCUUAUGUCAGGGAUAAGAGUAAUACUCCAUCUGGGUUUACUUUGAAGUUGAGGAAACAUAUCAGGACUAGGAGGCUUGAGGAUGUUCGACAGCUUGGUUAUGAUAGGAUCAUUGUCUUCCAGUUUGGACUAGGUGCUAAUGCUCACUAUGUUAUAUUGGAGUUGUAUGCUCAAGGAAACAUAAUUCUUACUGAUUCUGAGUAUAUGAUCAUGACACUCCUCCGGUCUCAUAGAGAUGACAAUAAGGGUUUUGCUAUCAUGUCUCGCCACCGUUACCCCAUAGAGAUAUGUAGAGUCUUUGAGAGAACCACUGUUUCAAAGCUUCAGGAAUCACUUACUGCUUUCUCGCUUAAGGAUCAUGAAGCAAAACAGAUUGAACGGAAGGAGCAGAAUGGUGGCAAAAAGGGUGGGAAGUCAAAUGAUUCUACGGGUGCCAAACAAUAUACCUUGAAGAAUAUUCUUGGUGACGCUUUAGGCUAUGGGCCACAGCUCUCAGAGCACAUUAUUCUGGAUGCUGGUCUAAUUCCAACUACCAAACUUUCAGAAGACAAGAAGUUAGAUGAUAAUGAAAUUCAGUUAUUGGUUCAAGCGGUGAUCGUUUUUGAAGAUUGGCUUGAAGAUAUUAUAAAUGGUCAAAAAGUUCCUGAAGGUUAUAUUCUAAUGCAAAAACAAAUUUUGGCAAAUGACACGCCUUCUGAAUCAGGAGGUGUUAAAAAGGUCACUAUUUUACUCUAUGCUUCUUCAUUUUUGUAUUCUUUAAUGGCCAUGGAUUUGAUAUAUAGUAUUUUCUUUUGCCUUGGUUGUCUACAGAUGUAUGAUGAGUUCUGUUCAAUCUUAUUAAAUCAAUUCAAAUCACGAGUGUAUGAAAAGUUUGAAACUUUCGAUGCGGCUUUAGAUGAGUUCUACAGCAAAAUUGAGAGCCAAAGGUCUGAACAACAACAAAAGGCAAAAGAAGAUUCUGCCAGUCAGAAACUCAAUAAGAUUCGCCAGGAUCAGGAGAACCGUGUUCAAAUUCUGAAGAAAGAAGUCAACCAUUGUGUUAAUAUGGCUGAAUUAAUCGAGUACAACUUAGAAGAUGUAGAUGCUGCCAUAUUAGCUGUUCGUGUAGCACUUGCAAAGGGUAUGGGCUGGGAUGAUCUAGCUCGCAUGGUCAAGGAAGAAAAAAAAUUAGGAAAUCCUGUUGCUGGACUCAUUGACAAACUUUAUCUGGAGAAGAAUUGUAUGACCUUGUUGUUGUGCAACAAUCUUGAUGAAAUGGAUGAUGAUGAGAAGACGCUCCCAGUGGAAAAGGUGGAGGUGGACUUAUCACUUUCUGCGCAUGGUAAUGCUAGGCGAUGGUAUGAAAUGAAGAAGAAGCAAGAAACCAAACAGGAGAAGACUGUUUCUGCUCAUGAAAAGGCUUUUAGAGCAGCUGAGAAAAAGACACGCCACCAGCUUUCUCAGGAAAAAGUGGUUGCAACUAUUUCACACAUGAGAAAAGUCCACUGGUUUGAGAAAUUUAAUUGGUUCAUUAGCAGUGAGAACUACUUGGUCAUCAGUGGUCGUGAUGCUCAGCAAAAUGAGAUGAUAGUUAAACGUUACAUGUCAAAAGGAGAUCUGUAUGUACACGCAGAGCUUCAUGGAGCAUCUAGUACUGUGAUAAAGAAUCAUAAACCUGAACAAAAUGUACCGCCUCUCACUUUAAACCAAGCUGGAUGUUUUACGGUUUGUCAUAGUCAGGCAUGGGAUUCCAAGAUUGUUACUAGUGCAUGGUGGGUUUAUCCUCAUCAAGUCACUAAAACAGCUCCGACUGGAGAAUACCUUACAGUUGGAAGUUUUAUGAUACGUGGUAAGAAAAACUUCCUCCCGCCACACCCACUCAUCAUGGGUUUUGGAUUGUUGUUUCGUUUGGACGAGAGCUCCUUGGGAGCUCAUUUGAAUGAGAGAAGGGUAAGAGGGGAAGAGGAAGGAAUGAAUGAUGUAGUCAUGGAAACGCAUGCUCCUGAUGAGCAUUCAGAUGUUGAGUCAGAGAACGAAGCAGUGAAUGAAGCGGUUUCUGCCUCAGGAGAAGUUGAUUUGGAGGAAUCAAGUACCAUAUUGAGCCAAGAUACUUCUUCUUUUGACAUGAAUUCAUCUGGUAUUGCUGAAGAAAAUGUGGAAUCAGCCACCUCACAGCUUGAAGAUCUUCUUGAUAGAACCCUAGGUCUUGGUGCUGCAACGGUGGCAGGCAAGAAAGAUACAAUAGAGACAUCAAAAGAUGAAAUGGAAGAGAAGAUGACACAGGAAGAGAAAAAAGCAGUAGUGAGAGAUAAGCCUUAUAUGUCAAAAGCUGAAAGAAGAAAGCUUAAGAUGGGCCAAAGCGGUAACACAGCUGUUGAUGGUAACACUGGGCAAGAAAAGCAGCAACGAAAGGAAAAAGAUGUUUCUUCUUUAAGCCAAGCUAACAAGAGUAUACCUGAUAACAAGCCAGCUGGGGAAAAAGUUAGCCGUGGGCAAAGGGGUAAACUUAAGAAAAUGAAGGAGAAGUAUGCUGAUCAAGAUGAAGACGAAAGAAAAAUACGGAUGGCAUUGUUGGCAUCGUCUGGAAAGCCACAGAAGACUGAUGUUGAAUCACAGAAUGCAAAAACUGCAGUCACCGUAGAGAAGAAACCUUCUGAAGAGACAGAAGAUGCUGUGAAAAUAUGUUACAGGUGUAAGAAGGUUGGACAUCUUGCUAGGGAUUGUCAUGGGAAAGAAACUUCAGAGAUGGACAAAGUGGUGAUGGAAGAAGACGAUAUUAAUGAGGUUGGAGACGAAGAGAAAGAAAAACUGAUUGAUGUCGAUUACCUAACUGGUAACCCGUUACCAACCGACAUCCUUUUAUAUGCGGUCCCCGUGUGCGGCCCCUACAACGCUCUGCAGUCAUAUAAAUACAGAGUCAAAGCGAUUCCAGGCAGCAUGAAGAAAGGAAAAGCUGCAAAAACUGCAAUGAAUCUGUUUACACAUAUGACGGAGGCGACAGUAAGGGAGAAAGAGCUGAUGAAGGCAUGUACAGAUCCAGAGCUAAUGGCUGCUCUUGUGGGGAAUGUGAAGAUCACAGCAGCAGGUUUGACACAGUUGAAGCAGAAACAGAAAAAGGGCAAAAAAAGCGGGAAACAACAACAUAGCUAGGUUUUAGGUAACUGCUUGCAAGAAGAAGGCUUUUACUAGAUAGAGCAUAUUGGUUCAUAUCUUUUUAUGUUCACUCUUGCAAAAACGAAACAUCAUGUUACAACGCAAACAUUAUCGGGUGGUGAUUUUGAUGUUCCAUUGUGUCUGA